AUGGUUCGUGGUUCCGAUGUGCCAGUACCGGAUCCAGUUAAUAUUAAUGCAAUAGAACAAUUUAAAUUAGAUCAUGAAUUAAAAAAUAAACAAGAAGGUAUUAUCCGCGAACUAACAGACGAAGAAGUGCGUGAAUUCGAAACGAUUCAUGAUGUUAAAACGGUGGUUGGUGUUGCUGAAAACAUGGAAAAGCGUCAAGCAUUCUUAGCUAAAAAAGUUUCAGAUGUUAGAAAUUCUGUAAAUAAUGUACAGCAAGCGAUGAUUAAAGAUAUAGCGUUGUUAGAGUAG